ACGGAAGAAGUGAAAUUUUAUGUUUGUGUAAUUGAAAAUAGACUGAUGUGUAAUCAUCAGUUGUCAAGAGAGUUAUAAGCUAAACACAGCUUGAUGCUAGGUGACUGCAAAGAAACCAACACUUAUGCAUACAGUGCCAAACUAAUGUUAAAUAACUCUUACAAACAAUAGGACAUGAUGGCCAAGAGCAACAUUAAAACAAAUGAUGGCCUUUUCCAGUUUUGAUAUUUAUGAUAGCAGUUGAAUGGUUCUGUGUUUUCAACUCGACAAAGAAGUAAAAUGAGUAGAGUCAUCCAUUUCAAUGUCCAGAAAAAAUUACAAUGGCUCUAUAUGAUUGUUUCACAACAGCUUUAACAAUUUUCUCUUCAAGAUGACAGUGCAAAUUCAGUUAUAUGAAUUGUUAAUAUUUGCUGCAGUUUUCUCCUCCGUAGCACCAGUGUCAGCAUUGAAAUGUCACUGUGACAUAUGUGGAGAUGUUACCAACCAUACUUGUGAAACUGAUGGUGUGUGUUUUACAUCAACCUCACUGAACAAUGAAAGGGUUCCUGUACAUUCUUAUAGGUGCAUUCCUAGCAAAAAUUUGUUUCCCCCUGAAAAUCCAAUGAUUUGUCUUCACUCAAAACCUGCAAGUUAUUAUUUUGUAAUUAAAUGCUGCAGUGGUUCUGACUUCUGUAAUCUUCAUCUCUCUCCAACAUUAACAUCCACUAUUUCUAAAGAUCCCAAGAUAACCCCCAAAGAAAGUCUUAGUACGUUUGAACUAGCUAUAAUCAUCGGUGGACCAAUAUGUUUUGUCUGCAUUGUUACUAUGAUAGUUCUUUCCAUGUGGCAACAGAAACACAGACUGCGACAAUACAGACAAGUGGAAGCAGAAUUGGUACUGGAACAGCCCAUAUUAGGAAACUGCAUUAGGAAUAUGAUAGAUAUGACCACCUCAGGGUCAGGAUCAGGUUUGCCAUUGCUAGUGCAAAGAAGUAUUGCUCGUCAAAUACAGUUGGUCAAGAUUAUAGGUAAGGGGAGGUAUGGUGAAGUUUGGCAAGGACGUUGGAAUGGUGAGCCAGUAGCAGUUAAAAUUUUCUCUUCUCGAGAUGAAAGAUCUUGGUUUCGGGAAGUUGAGAUCUACCAGACAGUGAUGCUUCGUCAUGAGAAUAUUCUUGGAUUUGUUGCUGCAGAUAACAAGGACAAUGGAACAUGGACACAGUUGUGGUUAAUCACUGACUACCAUGAGAAUGGAUCUCUCUUUGAUUACCUAAGUAGAUGUUCAGUAGAUCCAAGCAGCAUGUACAAAAUGGCUUACUCUAUAGCCAAUGGUCUGUCUCAUCUACAUAUGGAAAUUGUAGGAACCCAAGGUAAGCCUGCAAUUGCUCAUCGAGAUUUGAAGAGUAAGAACAUCUUGGUCAAAUCUAAUGGAACAUGUGCCAUAGCAGAUUUGGGACUAGCUGUCCGUUACGAUUCAGCAACAAAUUCUGUAGACAUCCCUCCCAAUCCAAGAGUGGGCACAAAGAGAUACCUAGCACCUGAAGUUCUUGAUGAAACAAUGAACAUCAAUCAUUUUGAUUCUUUCAAGCGGGCAGAUAUUUAUGCAUUUGGCCUUGUUUUGUGGGAAAUAGCCUGGCGCUGUAAUGUUGGUGGCUUUUAUGAAGAAUAUCAGCUACCCUACAGUGAUAUGGUACCUUCAGACCCAACUAUUGAAGAAAUGCGAAAAGUUGUGUGUGUAGAUAAGCAAAGACCUCCUUUGCCCAACAGAUGGCAGUCUUGUGAGGCACUUCGAGUAAUGUCUCGCGUGAUUAAAGAAUGUUGGUACCACAAUUCUGCUGCCCGACUUACAGCUCUGCGUAUAAAGAAGACCAUUGCCAACUAUGGAGCACACGGUGACCUUAAGUUGUGACUGUAUAUGAGCAGAGAGAGAAAUGUGGUGGAGGGUUAUAUUUAAUAGGACAACUUACAGUAUGAAGCCUGUGCAUCAGUUGGAUAGUAUAAUGACAGGGUAGCAUUAUGGUAAAUUGCAUGCUACGCUUUUAAUAUGUUGUGUUGAAACAGUGGUUUGCACUUUGAACAUGAGCUAUCCAAUUAGUAAAACUUUCUACCAGCAGUAGAACAAGCUACUCAUAAAGAACCAGAAUUUAAAACUGACCUAUAGGUUUCCAGAAUUGAUGGUCUUUUGGUGGCAAUUUAAUUCCAUCUUACAGUGUGGAACAUCCUCUGUCGUACAAAACAGUUUGUUACUCAGGCACUCCAAGACAUCGGUACCUCAGCCAUCUUCCAACUACAUUUCUGUACUUUUUAUUUUUUUUUAGAUUUACAAUGUUUGUUUACAGGUUUUACUUCGUUGUUGGAAAGUACUGGUGAUUCUGAGGGUAUGUCACCCAUGUUGUGUUAGGUUUUUUGUGCCCUUUAUAUACAUAGAGAGACUAGGAUAAUCUUGCUUGUCUCUCAGUUAAUUUAUUUUGAUUCAAGCAGCUCCUUUCUUGGUGCUAAGACUCUUAUGUGGACUUUCUGGGAUAUUUUAAACAUAUAGUUAAAACUCAUGGAAACAACUGUUGAUUAUAAUUGAUUUUUCCUUUUUCUUAGAACUUAUUUUUUUUAUUUUAUGUAUGGUUACUUAGUACUCAUGUAAGGAUUUAACAAAUUUUAUUUGAAAACUGAAAGUUCUGUAUGUUUAAUAUCUGGUUAAUGUAAAUUUAUUUUUGUACGUGUUUAUUGUAAUUUUUUUUGUAAAAGCAAUCUAUUAACAUUAUGCUUUUGUGGUCAGUAGCUGUGAAAUGAUUGUGUGUUAUCUUUUUACACCUAACUUGUAGAUAAUAUAAUGUUUCUUAUCAUGGGUUUUUAUUUCAUGCUUCAAAUUAUUGUAGCAGAAGGUACCAAUAAGUGAAUGAAACUUAGAAAUAGCAAGGGGAAUAUAUCAACUAAGUACAUACUUUCCAAAUAUUUUAGGAAAACCAAAAUUAGACUUCUUUCAUUACCUAGUAUGCUAAGAUUGUUUUUAAGGAGUAUAUAUGAAUGCAAAGACAAAGUGAAAUGUAUGAUUAAAAUUUGAUUAACUUUUUAAACAUUGUCUUUAUUACUGGGGCAGAUAUUGAAUGCAUUAGUUACUACAGUCUAGUUACUUUAUGCCAAUCAUAACAUGAAGGUAAGAAUUAACAUCCAGAGUAAUAUUACUAUAGAAAUAGAUAAUGUUUUCUGUUGUCUAAUUAUCAUCACUGCAAUAUUUAGAUAAAUAUAUAGAUUUAAAACACAAUUAAGAGAUGUCAUGGAAAGUCUAAAAUAUAGUGUUUAUGUUAUUUAAUGAAACUGCUGAAAACAAAUGACAGAAAGUGCUUUCAGCAUCAGUGUUCUGAAAACGAAAAGUUGGCGCUUGAUGUACUGUCUUACAAUUUUAGUUUCUAAAGAUCUGAACUGGUCUGUUGUCAUCUGCUUGAAGUGUAACUGUUGAUGUACAUGGAAAUUUGAAGUUAUGUGCUCUAACCCUAACUUACAAAAUUUUAUUAUCCUAGCUUUUCAUAACUUUGAAAUUUUAGAAUCAAGCUUUUGUUUUACAAGUUGACAUAGUUCAACACCUAAGAUUAGCUCACUUAACUGUUUUCAGUAGGUUUUUUUUCCAAUUUUAUUUUAUUCAAAAAUGGAACAUGUUCAAAGCCUCAAAGAUCAUCAGCCCAGGCAUUGUUGCAUGAUCUGUAAAGAUAAGUGUGACUGAGUGUUAGUUAACUUCUCCUCACAUCUACCUAAUAAUGUAAACUCACAACGUAAGAAAUAUCGAACAUUCUUGCUUGUGAAGUAGUGAAAGAAUACUGUAAGAUGUCUGCCAUUAGUAUUACUUCAAGUAAUAGAUAUGUUAACAGUUAAUGCUUACAAGUAUACUAGGUUUAUAAGAGCUGGAUACUUUUUCCUGGUUUUUCGUUUGGGCAAUGUUCUUGUACCUUUUUAAUAUAUAUUCAAGUUCUUUGGCAUGUCUAUAGCUUUAAGAAAUAUGUUAGUAAGCAUAAUAUAACCAUUGUAGAAACCCAAAAGAACAGAAUAGAAGGGCUCCAUGUUAAUAUUAUAUUUUAUUUUCUUUAAAUAAAUCCAAACUGAUUUGGUUGUUGAAAUUUCCUGGAGUUCAUAUCAUGAUAUAUGAUUAAGCUCUUCCCAGGCUCUAAUGUUUACUAGCAGAAGGUUGAUCAACCCUUAUUGCAAUCAGUUUCUCAUUUAAAACUGGUGAAUAAGGUAUCAAAAAGUUUGGAAAUUUCAUUAUUUUUUUUUAUGACUUGUUCCUUUCGUAUGAAAAAUGUAUUCACAGUAGAGAAAUAUAUGCUUUUUCUCUUACCAUUCUUCUUGUUUGUGUGUUAAAUAAAAGAAUUACAUUCUGCACACAUUUAGUAUUCAUCUGUUUUUAGGUUUGUCUCAGAUCUCUCAUCUAAUCAAGGGACCUGUACUGACUUUACACCGAAGUGUUUUUUUUAAGGUGUUAACUAGCCUUCUGGAAGCAUCUGCUCAACAGUCUGUCAAUAUUGAAGUAUAUAAAUGUUGUUACAGGCAAAGCUGUAAAAUUUGUUUUGUAGGAAACAGUAUGAUAAAAGUGCCUCUAGGUUUUACAAGACUUCUAAUGUAGUAUGAAGCUUAACUUCUAGGUUAUAUUUCCAGAUAAUAAGGUAUACCUCAUGCUUCUAAUCUUGUAACUUGUUUACAUUAUUGUUACUUUUCUUCUAAUUAUGUUUGUCAAUUCUUUUAUUGUAAUUUUGUAUUUCAGAAGUUCUAGCUAUUUGUAGUUGAUUCUUCAUACUUCAUAAAAUGUAUGUAAACAUAAGUGUCAUUAGCAUAAGAACAUAAUAAGUAUGGUAAAUUAAACUGAUGGUUUGCAUUCAUUUUCAUUAUCUUCUGAUACUAAUUAAAAUGACAGUACUCAUUUCAUGUCAUUAACCUAUUCAAAGUUACAUUUAAUAUGUUUAACACUGCUAAAUUUUAACCAUAAUCUUUAGUUUCAUGCUUUAACAUAUGGUUACAUUUGUAACUGUAUCAUUAGUUUCAUGCUCUAACUCAUGCUGCACUGCAAUCAUAUCAUUAAUUUCUUGCUUUAACAUGCUUUUAUAUUGACAGCAUAAUACUAGAUAGAUGGUUUUACACGUUAUAACCAAACCCUGAGACUCAAAAUGUGCUAUUUAAUUUGAAUUGUAUCAUCAUAGAAGCAUUUUAACACACUGAAACAUUAUUAUCGAUUUUUAUUAAUUCUCUUCAGCUUGUUACCUAGCGUUAUUACUAGUUUUAUGCAGUAUGUGAAUGAAAUAUUGAAACCAUGUUAGUUAGUUAAUACUUAGCUGUUUAACUUGUUGAAAAAAGCAUGUAUAUACACCAGUUUUGAUAACUACAGAGACAUGAAACCGCUGUGUGACAUUGAAACAGUAAACAGUGUAAUUUUGUCUUUCAAUCUUUGUUGUGAUUUAGUGUGCUAAAAUCUGUAAUUAUAUCUUGCAUUUGUCAUUCUUUUUAGAGUUUACUGAUUUUUAACCGUUGCAAUUUUUAUGGAUUCUAAUAAUUUUAUAAUUCUAAAGUUGUCUUAGAGACUAGGUGUGUUCUGAUAAGUUUGUCCUUGUAAUAUUGCAUUAUAAAAUUCUAGUGCUGAUAAGUUGUGCCUUUUUGAAGCUUACAGAAUUAAUAUUAUAAUUUCUUUUUGGGCUUAACUAAACUAUUUUAACUAUAUUUUAAGGUAUUUUGAGGAAAUAAAAAUAAACUUUGUUAUAAAAAAAAAGGUGCCCUUUAAACGUUUUUUUCAUUGGAAGUAACUACACAGUUAACAAUAUUCAGCAAAGUAAAGAGUUUAUAGUUCUAUCUGUAAAAUAUUUGUUAUUUGCAAAACAAAUAGAAUAAAAAUGACCAUUUACUCCAGAUAAAUUGGAAUUUAUAAUUAUUUUUAUAGAUUUUGUUUUAAAGUGUUUGAUACUGAUACUAAGUUGUUUUUUAAAGAUACCUUUUUAAUUAGAUUUUAGAGUCAUAUGUAUAAAUGUAUCUUUCACUGUUGUGCUGUUUUAUAACUUAGAUAUUAAUUCUUCUCAAACCAGGAAAUGAAAAUUGCUUUAUUCAUUUUUAUUUGUAAACAAUAACAGAGUAAUUUUAAUUAUUGUAAACAAAAUAAUUAUAGUGCGAAGUUCCUUCCAAAAUGAACACAGCAGAUCUGUAUGUCCAUUCGUAGGUUAAAAAUAAUAGUACUUUUUAUUGAGAGACCUUGCAUUGCCUAAUGGUUAGUGUGUAAUCAGAGGAUCAAAUCCCAUCACCAAAACAUGCUAACCCUUUCAGCUAUUAUAAUGUGAUGACCAAUCCCACUAUUUUGGAAAAGAGUAGUUUAAGAGUUGUCAGUAGGUGGUGUUCACUGUCUGUCUUUCAUCUAGUCUGUCACUUCUAAAUUAGGGACAGCUGGUGAGUAGUUUUGGGCAAAAUUCGACAACAACAAAAUAAAUGAUUUUUAAUGAAAGCUCCAAUCUUGUGUAUAAAAGACAUGCUUUAAAAUAGUUGUUUCUCAUCUAUCUUUUGUGCUAGAACCAUAGAAUUGUAUGCAUUCAGUUUCAUUUCUUUUGCAAUUUAAAGAAGAACUUUUGUAGAAACAACUUGCUGUUAUUAUAAGGAACCAAGAGGUUUGUACUUCCUAAUAUCAUCAUAUCCACAUCAAGUUUAUACUUUCUUGAUAUUGCUGAGUCACUGGAGUUCCUGAAUAUUUUAAAUCUUGAUUGUAAUGUUGUAGUUAGUGUAAUUUGUUAAACAUUCCAAGUUGGAAAAGUAUAAUGCCAGGAUGCAUAAACAGUUCUUAUUUUUUCCUGCUUCAGUGUCAAAUCCCAUAAUUCAUGGUUAUAAUAGCUUUACAAAAAGUAAUAAUUAGGAUGUUCAUGUAAUUUUCCUUUUAAUUAAGUCUUGUAACACCUUUUUCAUACAUCCUCAUUGUCUUUUUUUAAUUCAGUAUUUUUUUAAUUCAAGUUUUCUAGUUUCAGCAUUUUGUAAAGAAUCCCAUUUUGAUCAAAAUCCUAUGGUGUAGCUGUUUUAGUGCAUUGUCUAAGUGAAAUGUUCUCAAAUAAACUGUAAUUUGAAAUGCAAUACUAUUACAGUAGUAAUACACAUUCCAAAUAUUGUUUUAUUAGUUGGAACUUCUUUGAGAUACUGAUGUACCACAGUAUUGGUACAUUUUCAGGUUUCUUUACAUGAAUGUAUCUAUACUUAGAUUAUUGUUUUAGAAUAUAUAACAUUUCUUGUGCACCUACUUGAAUUUAACUUCCUUUAGAUCUAAAUCCUGUAAUACCACAGUUUUGGUGCACUUUUCUGAUGUGAUAUUUAGAUGUAAGUCUUGUAAUAUCACAGUUUUGGUGCACUUUCCAAGUGUUAUCUUUAGAUGUAAGACCUCUAAUAUCACAGUUUUGGUGCACUUUCCAGGUGUAACCUUUAGAUCUGAGACCUGUAAUAUCACAGUUUGGUGCACUUUCCAGGUGUAAUAUUUAGAUCUGAGUCUUGUAAUACCACAGUGUUGAUGCUCUUUCCAGGUGUAAUCUUUAGAUCUACAUCCAAUAAUAUCAUAACUCUUGUGUACCUUUUUUUGUGUAAUCUUGAAGUAAACUCUUUAGGUCUUGUUAUACCACACUUCUGUCACAUUUGACAUGUAAUGUUCUUGAAUAUAUCCACCUUUAAAUUUUGGGCCCUCAGUACAGUUCAUGUGUAUCUUACUUGUAAAACCUUCUCGAAUGUGACUAUUUGUAGUUCCACAGUAUUGGUCCAUAUGUAUAUCUAGUGCUUUUUUUUUAUGUAGCUUAUAUAUAUAUAUAUAUAUAUGUUUGUGUGUGUGUGUGUGUGUGUGUAUAUCCAAGUUCUAUUGUGUUAAUGGUGAACUUUCCAUGCAGUAUCUUAUUAGAAGUAAAUCCUGGUAGAUUAAAGCUGUGUAUGCCUAAUGUUGAUGAAUCUUUCAUGUGCCAUUAUUUCAUAAUUCAUCACCUUUAGUAUACACAGUAUAUUGAUUGUGUCUGUCAUAUUUCAGUUUCUAGACUGUAACUCUGUUUUAUCUUCUGCAAAACAAGAUUUGCUCAAACUUUCAAGUUACUGUAUACUUUCUUACAAACUACCUGAUAACUACAGUAGUAACAAAUAUAACUUCUCUUAGCAUAUAUUUUUAUUUCAUCACAUUUUAUAGUAUUCUGGAUAAUAUUUGUUGAGAAAUGAAAUUCAGAACUGUUCAAAAUAGUUAAAAUGUUUAAAGAUUAUGCAUUCAGUACAUCAGAAACUGCUAAAGGUAUUAAUUCUUUUAAUUCACUUGUCCUAACUUGGUGUCCUGUUAGAGUGAAAACUUUUUUUUUGUUAGCUCUGUGUGAGACUGAAGUAUAUGUCUUACAUUGUGUCAUUUGUCUGUUUACAUCUACUAAAUGCUAUUAGACUAACUAAAAUGUUGGCAACUGAAAUGUUACAUUUUUUCAUUUGAUUUUAAAUUUCAAAAAAAUGCAUUUUUUAGCUCAAUUUUCAUUUCUGAUGUGUUUUAAAGUUACACUUAAAUGCUGUAAUAGAAAGUAAACACACAGCUGCUAGUUUACUGUAUAUUUGAUUAUUAUAAAGUUUGGAAAUCAUAUUGUUUUUUCAAGAAACAAAUUUAAUGGUAGAAAUUAAUUUUUGUAGUCACAUUUGCUUAAUGAUGUAAUAACUGCUAUAAGUAUUUUACUAUAAAAGAUGAUUAAGUGUAUUAUACAUAUGCCAACUGAUUUUUUUGCACACUCCAGACUUGUGUUAAUGUUAUGCACACAAUUAUUUUUUAUUACUUGUUUGACUUAUUUCAAUAAAUGUUUUGUUUGGUUUUAAACUAUUCAUUUUAUUUGUAUGAUAUCCACUUUUUUUUGCUACACUCCCAUUUUUUUAAAAUUAAUAGAAGAAUCUCAGCAUUUUGCAGUCUGUUUAAUUUUAUAGCAUAGUCUCAGAAGUUUCCCAAAUGAAACACAUUUAGAGCAAAAUUGAAGUUUCUUAUUGACAGUUUUAAAUAUAUAUUCUGGAAUUCACUUUUUUUUUAAGUUCUAACUAUUAGGUCUUCCAAAAUUAGAUUAUUUGUAAACCCUUCUAACCCUGGUUUUGUAUUGAUCCAUCAUUAAAUACGGGUAUCUCUGUUGAGACUAUCAGUGUUUUCUUGUCCGAAUAGAAUGUCUCAACCUUCCAUGCCAACAAAUAUACAUCUCUCACCUUAUUGUGUUUAAGAGCUCUGUCAAGAUACCCUGCUUGAUUGAAGACAUUUUAUUAGUGAGCUUGAUGUUCUUUUUUAAUUUAGUAAAAAGCUUUUUUGUAGAAUUGCAAAUACAUGAAAUACUUGUAUACUGUAAUUUUUUCUGUAAAAAUUGAAAUUUCUCUUCUUUUUUUUCAGUCAAGUGAUGUAUCUUUGUAGGAAGAUUUACCCUUUAUGUUUGAAGUACAUCAUAUAAACAUCGAAGGCUAUAUAUAUGAUGGAUUUUUUUUAUGUGGUAUGAACUAUUAUGCUAUGUUGGUGCAAAGGAAAGAGUAACAAUUUGUUUGAUAUUCACCUCAAAUUACAUUUCAUGGUUUAUGUGCUUUUCUGGUGAGGUCCAUUCAUAAGAGUUACAAUGAGUUGUGAAUUGGAUGUGGCUUUAAAAAUGUUAAAGCAGAUAUAGCAGAGAAGUGCAAAUUUAUAUGUUCUUAUACAUGGGAAAGUACCUUAUGGACCAUCAGUUAUUAACUGAGUACUUGCUACACUACACAAAUAUUGAGGGUUAGCUUACUGUGUGCUUCAUGUAUCAUACUUGUGUAUAGUUAGAUUUUUAAAAAUCUUAAUGCAUUACUAUGAGCAAAAAUUGAGCCUCAGGGAAUGUUAAUUUGUUUUUUCUAUAACACCUAAAUAUUAUAAAUCUAUAGCUAAAAUUUGGCACAGAAUGUUACAUGGAUGUAGUUAUCUUCAUAUGUACAUAAAAUUGGUAGUAUCAAUGCACCUGCAUUUUUUGUUUUUAAAAGUCAUUCAACUGUAAGAUGUACAAGGAAAGGAAAUAAAAUGAAUAGAGGCAAUUAA